AUGCUCUCGACCGCAUCGGUGCGUCCAAUCCCCGCUGCAGACGUGUUCGCACCGAAUGCCAUGCCGUUGCAUCUGCCGCAGCUGGAAGUGUACCUGUCCGAUAGGGAUCUAUUCGCCGAGCCGCUCUUCAGCGAUGCACAGGUGCUCGCGACGGAAACGGAGAGGCUGCUAUAUGGCUAUGACGAUGCUACUGCCGCGACCGCGCGUGAAGGUGGUGAUCAGGACGGCAGGAAAUACAAGCCAAGGGAAAAUGGCUCAAAGAGUGGCAGUGGGAAGAUGGAGGCUGCGGGUGGUCAGUUCGUGAUCCCGAGAGCCGCCAUUCGGUUGCACUUCAAAGGUUCAUCGCACGGAAAGCAAGAUCAAGACAAACGUGGUGUCGCACAGUCCGGCGACAAGCUAUCGACGGAAGCGGAGGAAGAUACGGAAGAGGAAGAGGAAGCUGGGCUUCUGGACGUGCAAACGGGACCCCCGAGCGCUCCGCAGACUGAGACGACCGGCACGUCCGUGCCAACGAUCUCUGCUGGCGUCCCCAGCAGCCUCUCUACUGCGUCGCACCCGGUCACGCGCCUGGAAAUGUUCCCGCCAAUGAUGCUGCUGAAGGACAUGGGCGGGCUGCGCGAGCUGAAGUCGAACGCAGUCGGUCCGCGCGCGCCGCCUGGAGGCCUGCUCAGCAGCGUGCCUGGUCUUGGCAGCCUGUUAGGCACGGUCAUCGACUUUAUGAUCGGCAUGGAAGGUAGUUCCUUCGCUGCAAACCUAAUCAGCCUCGAGCUCGUCCGUGACUUUGCGCAGCUCAUGGCGAACCAGCUGCAAUUCUCCAGCAGCCCGUAUGUCACGCAAACGUCCUCGACCAUGGCGCGCUUCAUCUUCCUGCGUCUGCCGCAGAUCAUCGCGCUCGACUUUGUCAGCGUGUUCGGCAAGGCUGCCAUCUUCUUCAUCAUCUGGAUCGUUUUCACGACUCUGGCCCUCUGGAGGUUCUACCGCAUGACGAGCGUAAGCGACCCCAAUCGAGAAGUGGAGGGAUACGACUCACAGCCUUACAUCUUCUCGUCACCCAAGCGCGGGACCAAGGUCGCCAACAUCUUCAUCGUCUUUGUUCUCACCGGCUUGUACAUCCCACUCACGAAGCUCUCGGUGGACGCGCUCACCUGGAGCUCCGCUUGGUGGGUCGUUGCGAACCCCUACACAGCGGACGUCGACAAUCCCAGCUUGCCGCCGCUCGGCGAUGCGCAUCUGUACCGCGAUCCGCUGGACUUUUGCUGGACAACGACGAUGCGAAAAGAUGAGUUCAACUUUGCGUGGAUCAUCCUGCCCUUCGCCAUCCUCUCCAUCUUGUUCUACACCCUCUGGUUCCCGUAUCGCAUGCUCGUCACCAUUAAAGCCAUGUUGCCUCGCGUCGCCGAGUACAACGAGCUCGGGCACAAGCGGUCCGAGGCGGCGAUGCAGGAAAAAUACUACCUUCUGCUCUCGAGGGACAAAUCGCCACUGAAUUUCAUGUACAACGCCUACAGGCGGCGAUGGGGAUUCUACAAGCCGCUCUACAUCUUAUGCUUCAAGCUUGUCAACACCUUCAUCAUUGCAUUCUUCACAAAGAGCAACUGCGUAUGGCGCUCUUUCGCAGCAAAGACGAUGCUUGUCAGCCAGCAAAUCGUACUCCUGGUUGUCAUGUCCAUACUUUGCGUGAUUCACUUCUUCCUGCAGCCCUUUGUGGAUGCUAUCAGCAAUCGUUCGGAGAUGGUCAGUCGAUUUGGCUACGUCGCUACGGCCAUCAUCGGUCUGCUUGUCGCCUUGCAAGUCGACGGAUCGACAGUGUAUAAUACGACGAUCCUCUACAUCGUAGAGGGUGUCAUGUACACUUUGACAAUCUACUUUUCGCUGGCGGGCACGUCCUGGUUUGCGCACUGGGUCAAGCGCACGCAACGGCGCUUCGACUUUAGCAUUGACAUUUUCUCGCCCCUGCUCAACAUUGACAAGCACAUCAAGCGCCGCAUAUGGCAGGAGACGCUGUCGACAAUCCUGCUGUGCGGGCCGGGUUACCAGAUGCCGCAAGACCAAGUCAUCGCCUUCUCCACGUCUGACACCGACAAGUGGCCUCCAUAUCUCCUCUGGUUCGAGGGCACCGUAGCGGAGCGACACGUGGAGAACCUCAAGAUCCUCAAAGCCAUCGGCCUGCGCGACUACCGGCGAGCGGUGCAGUACAGGCGUUCCCAUGUUGCAGAGCGACUGCGGAAUGUCACGCGUACAAUUCAGACAGAGUUCGCCGGACCCGAUGCAUACUGGCACCCGAUCCGUCCGCCGUACCCGGACGGCGUCAGCUCAUGGUUCGGCAAGGCAUUCCUGGUGCCUUUCCCGCCGACGCUGGUUAUCCGCUACGACCAGGGCUCGUCCGAGACGAUCCAGCUCGACACUCUCGAAGAGAUGGAGCGCUUCAUCGAACAGAAUAGCAGCGAGCCAGUGCAGUCGAAGCGCAUGGUGCGGCGUGUCCUGCGCGCGCUCGAGGGCCAGACAGUCUUUUGCCCGUACAAUGACAUGGCAUACUUCGGGGCCGAUGUUCGUCCAGCACUGUUAAAUCGAAGAAAAAACCGCUACACUCUCGCGCGGCCUACGGCGUAUAACGAGGGUAUCCUACGCAUCUCGCACCGUCAGAGGAGCGACUUUGCAGGAUACAACUUCUCGUCAGGCUUCCGCGUGACGAUCACGUACUACGAGGGGCAGCGGCAGGAUCCAGCAGGGCUGACGCGGGUCCGGAAGCAGGUCGAGGUGCACGCGUCGAGUGCGUUUGGCCUGCAUGAUGACUUUGAGAUGACGCCGCACCUGAUCCAGUUUUUCCGCGACAACGAGCACAUCAUCCGAAGCCGGCUGCCGGUCAUCGACGAUGUUCUGGCUAACUACCGGAGACACUUUUACUGCGAGGCGCGGGAGAAGGAGCGCGUAUUGUCAUACGCGUUCCUGACGGACAUCUUUGACAACGUGCAGCUGACGCCGGCUGAGCUUAUGCUCGCGCUGAGGCGAUCCGGCUGCUGCCGCGACGUCCGGCGGCUGUCGUCCGAGUAUCAGGCGGCGGUGACGGUGCUGUACGAGCGCAUGUGCGCGGUCAACCGUUCUCUCGUCCACCGCUGGUGGUGGCUCUUCUGGGAUGACCUUUGGCGCAAGAACGCAGGCGACUACCAGCGCUUGCGCGCGCAUCGCCGCGUCCUCUCGCCGCACUACCCUACCAGCAUCGCGUACCGCCCGAUGCCGAGGCUGCAGCUCGAAAAGUUCCUCAAGAGCCGUGGGCUCUGGAGCGGUGCGGGCGGUGGCAAGGCCAGCCUGUUCACCCGGGGGCUGCUCAACAGAAUCUACUUCCAGCUAGACCAGCUCGUCUUUGCUGGACCGAACGCAGAUGGCACGGGCGGAUCGGCGGCAGCUAUCCCGGUCGGCUUGGGGCACACGCCGGACGAUGUGCAGCGCAUCGCUUAUUCCACGAUCAAGCAACACGACCUCAACCUUGCGCGUGGCUCCGUACCUGACCUUCCUGCAGCGGGUCGGGUGGCCCACCACGCGGGCGACGCCGACGGUGAGUACGGCGACCCGAGCACGACGCUGCUGUCCCUGCGCGGGCGCGCGGGCGUGGGCUCGGCGCUGUCGUCGCAGCUAACGGGUGGGGGGACAUCGUAUGAUCAGCAGUCUAUCAUUACCCGGCCCGCGUUUGCAUGGGAGCGGCGCAUGCUCUUCCUAACGCCGUCACUGUCGCGCUUGGAGCGCGUGCGAAACCGCCUGCUCGAGUGGCUCUCGCUGCACCCUUUCAUCGUCGACCCGGCGGCGCGCGCGCUGUUCCUCUACCUUUCGAUCGAAGAGGGACGCUACACGCUACCGUCGGUGCAUUGGAAGCAGCCCGCAGUCGAGGGUGCAUUCUCUGUAGCUGCAGCGGCUGAACCGACAGCAGCAACAGUGAAGGUGAUGAUGCCGGCGCCCCCGACGACGACAACGCUCGAUGCGCACACUGUUACAAUCCAUGCAAACGUGUUCAGUAUGCCGCCAUCCCGUGCACGGAUGAUCGCUGGCAGCCCCGGCGCUGCUGCGGAGGAGGACGUGCGGGACGAUGGAGAAGCUGUGCAGUUGACACGGCUCUCUGCACGCUGA